CUUUAGUGUUUAAGCUUUGGACUGUUGUGCUAAAUCCAUGUGUUAAUGUCAGUUAAAAGAUAGCCCAUAAUGAUUCUGUUAAUUAUGGACAAAAUCAAAUAAUUUUUUUUUUAAUGUGUGAGUGAGAUACCUUUUUGCUUUUCUUUAGUGCAACGUUGUAUAAGAAACCAGCCUUUUUCCAGCUACAAAUAUUUUAGUCUCAUCCAUUCUUCACUUGCCCAUUUGAUUUCAGUUCUCUAUCUCUCUAAAUCCGAUGACCAAUUUCCAUUUCUUUCUGUUUAUGUAACAUUAUCUUUUAGCUCUUCUAAUGGUUUUUGUUUUGGUUUGUUUUUGACAUGGACAUAUAGCUCAGAGAUAUUGACAGUGAAGCAAAUGUAAAACCGCUCUUUUAUUUCUGUGUCUUUUUCAUAUGCAACUGUAAGCUUCAAAAGCCAGACAUGACACAACUCAGAUCAGAGUAAAUCAUUGAGAAGCUGAUCUUGAAGCAUCUGGGUAUUGGGUUCUAAUUUAAUCUUCAAUUGACUGAGGUAGAGCAGUGUUUGUUGUCAUUAUUGUUCUUUGUAUAUCAAUUUUGUGCUUUUGUUCAUUCUUUUGAUCUAGUGAAGAAGCAGUAUCUUACUGGUCAGUGCAAAGGAAAAAUUUAGACUUUCUGGUGUACAAUGAGGGACUUUCCUUCUUGUUUUGGUGAAAAUGGAGUUCAAGUUGCUGAUUCAUCAUCAUCAAGUGCAACAAAAGCUUGUCAAAAUUUGGUUACUUGUGUUUAUCAGUGCAAAUUCCAUGGUCGUUCUUUCUUGAUUGUUACUGUCACAUGGACGAGGAAUCUCAUGGGUCAAGGCCUUAGCGUUGCAAUUGAUGAUUCAACCCAUCAGUGUCUCUGUAAAGUUGAGAUAAAACCAUGGCUGUUCUCCAAGAGAAAAGGUUCUAAAAAUUUAGAGGUAGAUUCUAGUAAAAUUGAUAUAUAUUGGGACUUAUCUAGUGCUAGAUUUGGUCCUGGGCCUGAACCUUUGGAGGGAUAUUAUUUAGCUGUUGCAUAUAACCAAGAAAUAGUGUUACUCCUUGGAGAUUUGAAAAGGGAAGCCUACAGGAAGGUGGAUACUGCCCCUGUUAACCUAAAUGCCAUGUUUAUCGCCAAGAGAGAGCACAUAUUUGGCAAGAAGUUUUACGGCACCAAGGCUCAGUUUUGUGACAAGGGGCAGAUGCAUGAUGUAGCAAUUGAGUGUGACACCAUUGAUGUUAAAGAUCCUUGCCUUGUGAUUCGCAUUGAUACUAUGACAGUGCUGCAAGUCAAGAGGCUGAAGUGGAACUUCCGGGGUAACCAAACUAUUCUGGUUGAUGGGCACCCAGUUGAAGUAUUUUGGGAUGUUCAUAAUUGGCUAUUUGGUAAUGCCAUGGGCAAUGCAGUUUUCAUGUUCCAAACUUGUCUUUCUGCUGAAAAGUUGUGGGCAAGCCAAUCUGUUUUUGAUCCUUCUGUAUUGAUGUGGUGUUAUUCUGAGCAAUUUAGAGAUCACCGAUUACAAGGUCUUGGUUUUUCAUUGCUACUGUAUGCUUGGAAGAAUGAGUAGAAGUGUAAUUUUCAUUAUUGAUUGUCAACACUGUGAUUACUUUUGUAAACAAUGUUAUUGCUCUUGGGUUUAUCUUUCUCUGUUGAAAUUUAUCGAAAUUUAGUGUUUUGUGGGUUAAAGAUUUA